CACGGCGCAGACGAGACUUCAGCCCAGAAUAGCGCAGCAGGCCCUCGGCCGUCAACUGUCCGGUGCGGGGUCGGGAAUGCGGCCAGGCGCUGGCGCAAGGCAUCGUCACUGGGUCGCGCCAGCCAAUCGCGGGGGGCCCCUGUUGUGGAUGCGGCGGCGGCCCGCCGCCGGCGGGAGGCGCUGUGGCCCGUCGGGCGGCCCCACAGAGCCGCCAUAGCCGCCCGCCUCCUCCGAACCAACGUCUCUGCCGCCGGCUCCGCGCCGUCGCCAUGGCCGACGUGGAAGACGGGGAGGAAUCCUGUACCCUGUCCUCUCACCCCGGGGGCGUAGGCUCCAAGUCGGGAGGCGACAAAAUGUUCUCUCUGAAGAAGUGGAAUGCGGUGGCCAUGUGGAGCUGGGACGUGGAGUGCGAUACGUGCGCCAUCUGCAGGGUCCAGGUGAUGGGUAAGCGCUGCACGCGAG